CUUACUGUAUGAAUUUUGGAUCAGAGCUUCAGUCAAAGGACUUAACAGCCUGUUAGAUUGUCAUUCGCAGGAGGUGGAACUGGGGGGUAAAUGGCGAAAACGUACGACUAUCUUUUUAAACUUUUGCUCAUAGGCGACAGCGGAGUCGGGAAGACAUGUCUGCUGUUCAGGUUCAGCGAAGACGCCUUUAAUACUACCUUCAUAUCAACGAUCGGAAUUGACUUCAAGAUCCGAACGAUAGAGCUCAAUGGCAAGAAAAUCAAGCUGCAGAUAUGGGACACUGCAGGACAGGAGAGAUUUAGGACCAUCACCACCGCAUACUACAGAGGAGCCAUGGGCAUAAUGCUGGUAUAUGAUAUCACAAGUGAGAAAUCCUUCGAGAACAUCAAGAACUGGAUUCGAAAUAUUGAAGAGCACGCGUCAUCAGACGUGGAGAGGAUGAUCCUUGGAAACAAGUGUGACAUGAAUGACAAGAGACAGGUGUCCAAAGAGAGAGGAGAAAAGUUGGCGAUAGACUAUGGGAUCAAGUUCUUGGAAACUAGUGCAAAAUCCAGUUUAAAUGUCGAAGAGGCCUUUUUCACAUUGGCCAGAGACAUCAUGGCUCGACUCAACAGAAAAAUGAAUGACGGCAGUCAGACAGAGAGUGGUGGACCGGUGAAGAUCACAGAGAACAAGUCUAAGAAGAGCAGCUUCUUCAGAUGCAGUCUGUUGUGAGUGGGUCAGGGGCACACAUGGACUCAAUGACUGGCAAACCCUGUGCUACUCAAGCAUGCAGGUGGGCGGAUGUCUCUCUUUCUCUCUCACACAAACACACACACACGCAUGCACACACGCACACACACACAUGCACACACACGCAUGCACACACACACGUGCACACACACGCGCACCCGCACGCACACACACUCCAUGGGGACCUAAUUGAGAGACAGGUGUUCUCUGCCUGCUCAGUGACAGUCGACGGUGAAGACUGGCUUACGUUUCUGCAACCAACCAACCGACCCCACCCUCCACCCCACCGACGUAAGCAUGGGUGGGACAUUCCGGAAGGACUGUGAGUUUGCUCUUUACUCCUGACCCCUGGGAUUGACAUGUGAACUGGAGUAUAGCUGGCUGGCCAGAACACCACAAGCUCUGGGACAGUACAGGCCCUCAUCUGACACGGAUCCACUUAUUUACACACACACACACAAACACACACACACACACACAGAUGCAUGCUAGAACCACUUAUUCACAUACACACAAGUGCAGACAGUAAAUACACACACAUACAGAUCCGGGCCAGUACAGGGCCGGGAUUGACCCAGAGGCUCCCUGGCCACCUCUCCUUCUUCUGUCAGGACGGCAGAACUCUAUGUUUUGGUGUUUAGUGUUCGCCAGUUUUGUUUCUUAACUGUUUCUUUGUGUCGGUUUGUGUUCCGAAGUGUGUGACGGUGUGUUUGGGUGUCUUUUUAAGAGUGUGUUUGUGAGCUCUGUUAUGAGUCUGAGAGUAACUCUGAUCGUGGUGAUGUGCAGUCACAUUCUGUUAUUGGACACACACACACACACACACACACACACACACACACACACACACACACACACACAUAUAUAUUAACCACACACACACACACACACACAUAAAAAAGAAGAAAACAAAUUUGAACAACACAUCUGUGAUGUAUGCUUUCUGGAUUGUCUCAAGGUCAGGAAUAUUUCAACUGUUUGUGUCUUAUGAUGCAUUUCAAGUGUCCUAUUUUAUUGUGCUUAACUCGUAGCCACUGUAUCUCUUCUUACGAGCACAUAACUAUGUAUAGCACUGUAACCGAACUUGCACUCCUCCUUUUGAGAAGGCUCAAAUAUAGAAUGCCAUAACUGCAGUGCAUGAUGGGUAAAAAAGUACAGUCACCUAGUCGUACAUGUGCUUCGGACACUGCAGCUGGGGACCUAUCCAUAUUUGAAUGAGUCGUCUGUUUUUUUUUUCUUUCUUUUCUUUACAUUAUAUAUAUUUUUUAUACAUGUGUAAUAUUUGUUGUGCUUUAACAUACUGUCAGUCUGGAUGCUCUGAGGAAGCAGUGUCAAAAGAUAAAGAUUAAUAGUUAAAAGAUGCAUGAUAUCACUGCAUAAGUGUAGUGUUGUUGGAAGGUAUUGGGAAGCCACUAAAAUUUGCAUGAUUAUUAACAAAGGUAUACCCUAAUGUGCAGGUACCCAGUAACAUGGCUAUUUUCAUAUCACUCGUUAGUUUGAGUGAUAUCAAAAUUAUUGUGUUAUUUUUUUCCUGUUGUCCCAAAGCGGUUUGUGCUUAUUCAGUUAUUGGUAUUUAAUGAAGGUAUAACACAAGUUAUCGUUUAGCGUUUACAAAAUCCCAGCAGCAGUAUUAUUUCUCACGCUGCACUUUAUUAGUGUGUGUGGUUGCGCUGUCUUUGCAAAGUUGUACAGGUGUUUGUGGCAGGGGAACUCUGCUUAAAUGUGUUUGUGUGUACAAUGUGUCUUUUUUUUUUUAAGACAAAAAAAACAGCUAUUCUUGUUUCGCUACUGUGUACAACAUUUUAUUCCAAGACUGUGAGAUGUUGUUUUAACUGGUUACUGAUUUUAGCCAGUAGUUAUUGAUGCGUAGAUAUUCAGCAAAGGGUUUGUCUCUCCAUGGUGUGUCUGUAGUUGACGUCAUGAGAUGCAGUGCCUGUACAAAUUUCAGUUUGUGUCGUGUUAAAACUAGGAUGGGCUAAGUUUUGCUAUGGCUGCCAGUAGCAUCGAUUCAGCAAUAACUGGUCCUCCGUAAGGAUAGUGGCAGUCCUGUGGGUUAGAGAAUUGGACAGUUGUAUCUAGAUACACAACUUCCAUUACUGUCUUAUUGUUAUCUACCAAUAGUUUUGUCUGUGAUGGAAUCUGCUUUGACGAAUGUGAUCAUCAUACUCUUUUGUUGCUAUUUGAAACUGACGGUUGCACAGAUGAAAAAUAUUUGUUCAGAUGGGACCAUUGCUAUGCAUGUGUCUUGAUAUCAAUAAGUCACUUUGUUACCGUGGGAACAGACAGGCAUGUCUGUGCAAUGUUCUACUCUUGUAGCCUGGCAACCAAUUGGAAUACUCAAAUACUCAUUAUGUAGAUAACAUAAUGUACAUACUUCUGAAUACUGUGUGAACUAAAGUGUAAAAACAGAGUGAUUUUACCAGUUGUGAACUGUUUUUCUACCACAUGUAACCAAAGUAAAGAUUGUAUAAAGAGA